AUGAGGCAGCAUAGAAACUUUAGAAAUACUGGCAAACGAGCAGCUCAAGAAGAAGGUUCAGGUGAUAAAGUAAACAUUUCACAAGAAGAACAAGCUAUCAAAGAGCGCUACUUGGGUCAGAAGCGUCUGACUAAGCGUCGACCGAGGCGACUUAAUGAGAGGAAAUUUGUAUUUGACUGGGAUGUCGCCGAUGAUACUAGCCAGGAUUACAACCCACUUUACAAAGAAAAGCAUCAAAUCCAGUUUUUUGGCCGUGGACAUAUUGGUGGUAUUGAUAUUAAGCAACAAAAAAAAGAAAUUGGACGCUUUUACUCAAAGCUGUUAGAAAGCCGCCGUUCUGACACCCAGAAAGUUCAAGAAAAGAAACGUCUAAGUGGUGUCGCAAAGCGUGAAGCUAAGCAGAAAUGGGAUGACAGGCACUGGACAGAAAAAGCCCUUGAUCAGAUGACUGAACGUGACUGGCGAAUCUUUCGCGAAGAUUUUAAUAUAUCUACCAAGGGAGGUAACAUUCCAAACCCCCUCAGGUCUUGGGCGGAAAUGAAUGUUGCUGAUGAACUUAAGGAUGUAAUUAAAAAGGUUGGUUAUCCUGAACCAACACCAAUUCAACGCCAAGCAAUACCAAUAGGUCUGCAAAACCGUGAUAUUAUUGGUGUUGCAGAAACAGGUUCAGGGAAAACAGCAGCUUUCCUUAUACCCUUGUUGAAUUGGAUUCAGCGACUUCCAAAACUGGAGAGACUUGAGGACACAGAGCAAGGACCAUAUGCUAUUAUUAUGGCUCCUACUAGAGAGUUGGCACAGCAAAUUGAGGAAGAAACAGUGAAAUUCGGUCGACCACUGGGGAUCAAAACUGUUUCGUUAAUUGGUGGCCUCUCGCGUGAAGAUCAAGCAUUAAAGCUCCGAAUGGGCGCCGAAAUAGUUAUUGGUACUCCUGGCCGUUUAAAUGAUGUCCUAGAAAACCGGUAUAUGGUACUCAACCAAUGUACUUACAUCGUUUUGGAUGAAGCUGAUAAAAUGAUUGAUAUGGGUUUCGAACCUGAAGUCAACAAUAUUCUCACAUAUUUACCAGUUACAAAUGAAAAACCUGAUAAUGAAGAUGCUGAGGAUGAUUCGAAGCUAUUAAGCAAUUUCGCAACAAAACAUAAGUAUCGUCAGACUGUCAUGUUCACAGCCACCAUGCCUCCAGCAGUUGAACGUCUUGCUCGUUCCUAUUUAAGGCGACCUGCAAUGGUGUAUAUUGGAAGUGCUGGUAAACCCACAGAACGAGUGGAACAGAUUGUUUAUAUGGUUUCAGAACAAGAGAAGAGGAGAAAACUAUUAGAAAUACUUGCUGCAGGACUUGAUCCACCUGUAAUCAUUUUUGUCAAUCAGAAAAAAGGCGCAGAUGUACUUGCUAAAGGACUAGAAAAACUUGGAUACAGUGCUGUUGUUCUACAUGGUGGCAAAGGACAGGAACAAAGAGAAUAUGCCUUGGCAAGUUUAAAGUCUGGUCAAAAGGAGAUCUUAGUUGCAACUGAUGUUGCCGGUCGUGGUAUUGAUAUCAAAGAUGUGUCAAUGGUUAUAAACUAUGACAUGUCUAAAACUAUUGAUGAAUAUGUACAUCGUAUUGGGCGUACUGGACGUGCUGGUAAAUCUGGUAUUGCAAUCUCACUACUUACGAAAGAAGAUGCUCCUGUAUUUUAUGAUCUAAAACAAUUAUUAAUUCAAUCUCCUGUGUCAACGUGUCCUCACGAACUUGCCAAUCAUCCGGAUGCUCAAACAAAGCCAGUGAUCAUAGUUUUCAGUUGUGAACAUCAGUCACCUAUCAUAAUAGUGAACACAUGGCCAUUUUCAAAUGCAACCGAUGCUGGAUGGAAUAUCCUUAGUCCAUCGAAUUCCAAAAUAUGUGGUUCAUCAAUAGAUGCUGUCGUUGCUGCAUGUACAAAUGCAGAAGAUGAUCCAGAUAUUGAAAGUGUCGGUUAUGGUUGUUCACCUGAUGAAAACGGACACACUUUAUUAGACGCAAUGGUGAUGGAUGGUAAAACAAUGGAGGCUGGUGCGGUAGCAUCAAUGCCUGAUAUUCGACAAGCAUCCCAAGUGGCACGUGAUGUCUUAUUAAGCACCAAACAUACAUUACUUGUUGGGCCACUUGCAGCAGAAUUCGCAAAGUCAAGAGGAUAUAAACCAACUUCGUUAGAUACGCCUAAAUCACAUGAUUUAUGGCUAAAAUGGAAAAACAAUAAUUGCCAACCAAAUUUUCGUAAAUCAUCAAAUUGGAUUCCAGAUCCUAAAAUAUCAUGUGGACCAUAUAGACGGAACGUUUCUGAUGUUAAUUUGCUUGAAUCGAGUGAUCAACGUGUCAACAAAUUAGAUAUCAAUAAUCAUGAUACAAUUGGUGUGAUUGCUUUGGAUGCUUAUGGUUCAAUGGCUGUCGGUACAUCAACCAGUGGGUCAACAUAUAAAAUUCCUGGACGUGUUGGAGAUUCACCUAUUCCUGGAGCUGGUGGUUACGUCGUGAAUAAUAUUGGUGGUGCUGUUGCUACUGGUGAUGGAGAUCUUAUGAUGCGCUACCUAUUGAGUUUUCAAGUCGUUGACUACCUUCGUCAAGGAAUUGGUCCAAAUGAAGCUUGUAAAAGAGCUUUGCAAAGCGUGAGAUCGCCAAAAAAAUGGUAUGGAGCUUUAGUCGCUCUUACAAGUCAAGGUGAACAUGGGUCAGCUUGUGUAGGAUUCGCUAAUUUCAAGUACAGUGUUCGAGCUUCGUGGAUUGGUAAUCAAACUAAAAUAAUUGCUGUACCUUGUAUUGAAUUAAAUGAAUUAUGAACAAAUAUUUUCACAUGAAUGACUAUUUAAUUGAUUGGCUUAUUUUUUUUCAAAUCAAUGUAUUUCAAGCUUUCUUUCCCUGUAAUUUGUGAUACAAAGUUACUUUAGAAUAAAAAAGGGUUUUCUUUUAAUUAAUAAUGGAAGAGACAAUAGUGACUAUGCAAUAUGAAAUGUAACAACAAUGAUUCAUGAAUAAUGCAUCC